AUGUCAUCAGUGGCAGUGGAAGCUUUCUCAGCUUUUAUUUGUGUAUGGCGUGUAAUUUACAUGAUUUUAAUUAUUUUAAAUUGCAGUUCAAGAAAGGUGGAAGAGGAUGACUUUGAUGAUUUUACAACAAACCAAAAAUGGGUAAUGUCUCCAAAAGCUCAUGAUAGUGAUGUGACACUGUUGUUAAACAAGUUACUGAAAGAAUAUGAUAAAAAGCUGCGACCUGAUAUUGGAACGAAACCCACAGUCAUUGAUGUUGACAUCUAUGUUAAUAGCAUUGGCCCUGUGUCAUCAAUAAAUAUGGAAUACCAAAUUGAUAUUUUUUUUGCUCAGACAUGGACUGACAGCCGUCUUCGUUUCAACAGCACCGUGAAAAGAAGUCUCACUCUCAACAGCAAUAUGGUUGGGUUAAUUUGGAUCCCAGAUACUAUUUUUAGGAAUUCUAAAACUGCAGAAGCUCACUGGAUUACUACACCCAAUCAGCUCCUAAGAAUAUGGAAUGAUGGGAAAAUCUUGUAUACUUUAAGGCUCACCAUCAAUGCCGAAUGCCAGCUGCAGCUACAUAAUUUUCCCAUGGAUAAACAUUCAUGCCCGCUGAUAUUCUCCAGCUAUGGCUAUCCACAAGAAGAAAUGGUUUACAGAUGGAGAAAAAACUCAGUAGAAGCUGCAGAUCAGAAAUCUUGGAGACUUUAUCAGUUUGACUUCUUGGGACUCAGAAAUACUUCUGAUGUUGUGCAAACAUCAGCAGGUAUCACGACAGUAUUAACCAUGACAACUCUGAGCACCAUUGCAAGAAAUUCCUUGCCACGUGUUUCCUAUGUCACUGCAAUGGAUCUUUUUGUGACCGUAUGCUUCUUAUUUGUCUUCGCUGCUUUGAUGGAGUAUGCAACCCUGAACUACUACUCAAGUUGCAGGAAGCCACACUGUGCAAAAAAGAAAAAGUCGCUGCCUGAUGUCAGCUUUGGUCACAUGAUGAAUUACUCUGUGUUAGAGAUGAGACCUCCCCCUACAGUCAUCGCACUGAACAAUGCCAUGUACUGGCAAGAAUUUGAAGACAAUUGUAUCUAUGAGUGUCUGGAUGGGAAAGACUGUCAGAGUUUUUUCUGCUGUUAUGAAGAAUGCAAAUCGGGUUCCUGGAGGAAAGGGCGGAUACACAUAGACAUCUCAGAACUUGACUCUUAUUCCAGAGUCUUUUUCCCUACAUCGUUCCUGCUUUUUAACCUGGUCUACUGGGUUGGAUACCUCUAUCUCUAG